AUGACCCCCAGCACACGCAGAAGAAACACUUCCAAGGUAGUAACUCUCGACUCCGUGCGCAACCUCGGCAACGAACAGCCAAAGAAGAAAACCAUCAUCUGGAAGGAUUUUGGCGUGUACUUGGAUAAGAAACUUGACUGGAACCUUGACCAAGAUUUCGUUAGCAACUCGUCCACAAGCUCGAGUGUCAUUGUCAACGUCCUCUCUGACUCCUCAUACUUGUCCCAGGUGGUCAAAUUCCAAGUUUGUAACUCGUGCACUCGCCCUAUCGGUGAAGACUCGUUAAGCACACACUACGCCAAGUGUGUGGAAAUGAAACAGAAGAGACAAGAGGAAAUGAACUCAGGAACUGUGCCUGCAAAGCGCAAACGCGGUAGAACUGCAAAUGCUUUACUCGAUAUUGAGACAUCUUCGGUGGAUCUGUCUCGCGGUGCAACGCCGACGCCCGGUACCCCUUCGCUGGCGCAAUCGCAGGGCCCAAGGCCAAAAAAGAAGUAUAAGAAGUCGCAAAUGCAAAAGGAAAAGGAGGCUGCUAACGCUGCUGCUGCUGCCGCUGCUGCCGCUGAGGCUGCUGCGGCCAGAGCCAAUAAUGCUCUGAAGAAGAAAAAGACACCGAAGACAAAGGUUCCGGCCAAAACAAAGGGCCCAGUGGAUGUCGAGAAGCAGUGUGGUGUGCCAUUGCCACUGGGAGGGUUUUGUGCCAGAUCCCUCACAUGUAAGACCCACUCGAUGGGUGCAAAGAGAGCAGUGCCAGGACGUAGUGCUCCUUACGAUGUGUUGCUACAACAGUAUCAGAAACGGAACCAAGCCAAGCUUGCAGCCAGCAAUGCGUUGGCAGCCCAGCGCAGAGAAAAUGCUCAACUCACAGGAAUGGGAGGUGUGGAUUCCGAGGACGGAACUGGUGCUGGUGCAUUGAACAUGGUGCUCGACCCAGACGAGGAGACCCACUUGGUGUUGGAGGGCUUGUCUAAGAAUUACGCCAUUCCCUUGGAGCGCAAGGUUAUUCUUCCCACGAGAAACAGGCACAACUUCCUCUAUAUGCGUGAAGCGUAUGCCAAUGCACUUAUCACGAAUGGAUCAGCCGCUGCUGACUCACUGGCGCUGUCUGGUGAUCUCACGUUGGCUAAUCAGGCCAUUUCAGGCUCGAUUGGUGGUCUUCAAGGUCGUUGCGCAUUGGUCAAUGUCGAUAAUAAUGCUGGAGAUGGUGGCACUCAAUCAUACGCAGCCGUCACAGGAGAGUUGUAUCAGGUACGUGCUCCGCUGAAGGCCAUCUUGAUGACCGCACAGUAUAACCACCAACAGCAACAGCAAUUCCAGCAGCAGUUGCUCAAGUUGCAGCAGCAACAACAACAGCAGCAGUUGCUUUUGAAACAGCGGCAGAUGGAGCAGGCGCAGGGCCAGGCUUCGGUGGCUACCAGACUGCUGUAG